AUGGACGAGGUUAAUUUACGUCGCAAAGACACCACCAAGGGUCCGCCGUUACGGAUCCUCUCCCUCGAUGGAGGCGGUGUCCGCGGCUACUCCAUGCUCAUUAUUCUUCAGGAACUUAUGUACCGAACCUAUGUCGAGUGCGAGGGCAAACCACCUCGUCGCGACCAGAUCCCUAAGCCCUGCGACCAUUUCGACUUGAUCGCGGGUACUGGCACUGGCGGUUUGAUCGCGAUCAUGCUCGGCCGGCUCCGCCUGGACCUCGAAACCAGUAAAGAAGUCUACGUCCGCAUGACUCGCAAAGUUUUCGAAACCGAUAAGACAAUUGCCGGUAUCCCCUAUCGCUCGACUUUAUUCAAGGCCUCAAAGCUAGAAGAGGCGAUUCGAGAAUGCGUGCGCGAACAUACGGUGUGGGAGGCGGAGGGGAAUGAUAUGCCCGGCAACACCAACCAUAACAACGCCGACCCCAGAUCCUCGAUGGCGAGUCUUCCAUAUAGUCCUCCCAACUCUGUUCCUCAGCGCUCGGUGAGCAGAGGAAGUUUCAGUACUUCGGGCCAGUCAUAUUCUCAAGCGCAGAACAAUAACCAGAGAGGUUCCACUUUUCUGAACGGUUUACGCUGGGGGAAUCCGGAGGCGUUAUUAUAUGAUAACCGGGAAAACCGGACGAAAACUGCCGUUACGGCUCUCUAUAAGGGCACCCCGAAGAAUUCGCCUGCGGUGCUUUUACGUUCCUACGACUCUCGCCGCGAACCCCCGCCGGAGUUUGACUGUACGAUCUGGCAAGCCGGCCGUGCUACAUCGGCCACUGGUCUUGCCUUCAAGCCAAUCCGAAUUGGACAACACAACUUUAUCGACGAGGGCCCCGGAACCUACAAUCCGGCACCACAAAUUCUCGAAGAGGCAGUUGUCAACGAGUGGCCUGGUCGUGAGGUCGGAGUUUUCGUUAGUAUCGGCACCGGUAGACGGCCGUCAGGAACCAAUAACCGACAACAUGAAUGGUGGGAGGAUUUCUUUGGCGACGCGCUAGGUACAUUUGCCGAGGCGCGGCGACGACUUAUCACGAAGAUCGAGGGUUGCGAGGAUAUUCACCAGCAAAUGCUGCAAGACAUUCUUGCUAAGCGCCACGUCAGUAAGGACGUCUACUGCCGUCUCAAUGUCGAGGUGGGCGUUGGAGAAUUCGGCAUGAACGAGUGGAACCGACUGGCGGAUAUCAGCACCAACACCCGACGAUACCUCUCUCGACCGGAGGUCAAGAAGCAGAUCCUAGAUUCGAGCGUCCGCUUCGCCAAGAUCGAGCGCAUGAACAAGCGCAUGGCUGCACACGCGGCGGCGGGCGGAGAUCGGGAUGACAUGUCGUUUGACCUCGAGCGCGAGGAGAUCUCCGUCUCAACCCACGCCGAGGAGUAUACCGUACCGCCGCCCUCGAAUCAUUUCGCGGUUGAAUUACCCGCCGAGCCUGUGGAGUACCCGCUGGAUCAUUUCCCCCGUCCACCUAACCAUGGCGCGCCCCCGAUCCCGACCAGUGUUACGGUAACAGCACCACCGGGCGACGACUCGCUCCCAGUUCAUCCCACACCCCAUGAUAGCAGUAACAACCACAACCACAAUCACAUGCCAACAUCUCCGACUCGACACUCCAGUGGCGAGGUUGGUAGUUUCCGCCCUAGCCACGAGUACUCUCGGCCCUCGUCGCAACAACAGCAGAGCUCCCCGCAUCAAAGCGCAGAGCAAUUCUCCGCGCUCAAUGGGAUGCCUCCUCCCGUACCACCCAAGACGCCUAUUCCGUACCCAUCAACCGAUGAUAACGGGGGAGUGUCGAUGCCAGCGCCGCUCUUCUCUCAACCAUCACCUCAUUUGUCGAGUGGCAAGGUCCGACCGCCGUACCCUGUUGAUGAGGCACCGCCGGUGGUCAACCGCCAACGAAAGCCAAGCUACCACGUGGGGUAA